AUGUCGAACAACGAAACUGUCCGUGGCGCUAUCCACAACACUGCCAAGGAGGCCUCUCAGUCGGUGAGCAACUCUGCCAACAACGCGCAGGGCUCGUCCGACACUGCUGCUAAGGGCCACCAUAUGGUAUCGAACAUGAGCGAGAAGAUCAGCGAGAAGCUCCCGAAGGUCGAGAAUGAUCUCCACCACUCGUUGGACAAGGGUGAGCAGAAGCUGAACAAGGCUGCCAACUACGUCGAGGACAAGGCUGACAAUGCCGCCUCGAAGGAGAGCUCUAAGGCUUCGGAGCACAAUGCUGAGCCAAGCACCCUUACUCGUCUCUCGGAGCAGGCGCAGCAGUACGCUUCGGACACCCUAAACUCGAUCAGCAACACCCUCCACGGUGCUGGUGACAAGGCCGCGGUCAAGGCUGACAAGGUGGACGGCACUGAGCAGACUAGCUACCUCGAGUCGGCUCGCCAGGCCGCUGUUGACGCUCUUGGCAAGGCCCAGGAGUACAUUGCGGGCUCGAACACUACCACCACUACCUCGAAGUAA